ACGGUGUCGGCGGGCCGGACGUAUAGCAAGUCGUGAUGUUCCCUGCGCCGGAACUUGGGCGUUAGUGGCCUCCGGGACCCUGGGUUUAGUCUCGGGGCGCCAUGGCCAGCGUCCACGAGAGCCUCUACUUCAACCCCAUGAUGACCAAUGGGGUGGUGCACGCCAACGUGUUCGGCAUCAAGGACUGGGUGACGCCGUAUAAGAUCGCGGUGCUGGUGCUGCUGAACGAGAUGGGCCGCACGGGCGAGGCUGCGGUCAGCCUCAUGGAGCGGCGGAGGCUCAACCAGCUGCUCCUGCCACUGCUGCAGGGCCCAGAUAUUACACUGUCAAAACUAUACAAGUUAAUCGAAGAAUCUUGUCCUCAGCUAGCAAAUUCAGUACAGAUCAGAAUCAAACUGAUGGCCGAAGGCGAAUUGAAGGAUAUGGAACAAUUUUUUGAUGACCUUUCAGAUUCUUUUUCCGGAACUGAACCAGAGGUUCACAAAACAAGUGUAGUAGGUUUAUUUCUGCGUCACAUGAUCUUGGCCUACAGUAAGCUUUCUUUCAGUCAGGUGUUUAAACUAUACACUGCCCUUCAACAGUACUUCCAAAAUGGUGAGAAAAAGCCAGUGGAGGACGCUGAUAUGGAACUGACUGGCAGAGAAGAGGGUGAAAGAAAAAUGGAAAAAGAAGAACUUGAUGUAUCUAUAAGAGAAGAGGAGGUAUCUUGCAGUGGGCCACUGUCCCAAAAACAAGCAGAAUUUUUUCUUUCUCAACAGGCUUCUUUGUUAAAGAAUGAUGAGACCAAAGCCCUCACUCCAGCUUCUUUGCAGAAGGAAUUGAACAAUUUGUUGAAAUUUAACCCUGAUUUUGCUGAAGCGCAUUAUCUGAGCUACUUAAACAACCUCCGGGUCCAGGAUGUUUUCAGUUCAACUCACAGCCUCCUGCAUUAUUUCGACCGCUUGAUUCUUACUGGAGCCGAAAGCAAAAGUAACGGGGAAGAGGGCUAUGGCCGGAGCUUGAGGUACGCCGCCCUGAACCUGGCCGCCCUGCACUGCCGCUUCGGACACUAUCAACAGGCAGAGCUUGCCCUGCAGGAGGCGAUUAGGAUUGCCCAGGAGUCCAACGAUCACGUGUGUCUCCAGCAUUGCUUGAGCUGGCUUUAUGUGCUGGGGCAGAAGAGAUCUGAUAGCUACGUUCUGCUAGAGCAUUCUGUGAAGAAAGCAGUACAUUUUGGGUUACCGUACCUCGCCUCCCUGGGGAUACAGUCCCUCGUUCAGCAGAGGGCUUUUGCUGGGAAGACGGCAAACAAGCUGAUGGAUGCGCUGAAGGACUCCGACCUCCUGCACUGGAAACACAGCCUGUCGGAGCUCAUCGACAUCAGCAUCGCACAGAAAACAGCCAUCUGGAGGCUCUAUGGCCGCAGUCACGGCGGGCUGUGGCCGAGGGGCAGCCUGGCCCCGACUGACGGGUCCCUUCCCCUCCCCGCCAGCACCAUGGCGCUGCAGCAGGCCCAGAUGCUGCUGAGCAUGAACAGCCUGGAGGCGGCGAACGCGGGCGCGCAGCAGAACAAUACCGAGUCGUUCGCAGUGGCGCUCUGCCACCUCGCAGAGCUGCACGCCGAGCAGGGCUGUUUCGCUGCAGCUUCAGAAGUGUUAAAGCACCUGAAGGAACGAUUCCCACCUAACAGUCAGCAUGCCCAGUUAUGGAUGCUUUGCGAUCAGAAAAUACAGUUUGACAGAGCAAUGCAUGAUGGCAAAUAUCAUUUGGCUGAUUCACUUGUUACAGGAAUCACAGCUCUUAAUAGCAUAGAAGGUGUAUAUAGAAAAGCAGUUGUACUACAAGCUCAGAACCAAAUGUCAGAGGCACACAAGCUUUUACAAAAAUUGUUGAUUCAUUGUCAGAAAAUCAGGAACACAGAAAUGGUGAUCAGUGUCCUGCUGUCCGUGGCAGAGCUGUACUGGCAGUCUUCCUCCCCCACCAUCGCGCUGCCCGUGCUCCUGCAGGCCCUGGCCCUCUCCAAGGAGUACCGGCUACAGUACUUGGCCUCCGAAACAGUGCUGAACUUGGCCUUUGCCCAGCUCAUCCUCGGAAUCCCAGAACAGGCCUUAAGUCUUCUCCACAUGGCCAUUGAGCCCAUCUUGGCUGACGGAGCUGUCCUGGACAAAGGCCGUGCCAUGUUCUUGGUGGCCAAGUGCCAAGUGGCUUCAGCAGCUUCCUAUGAUCCACUGAAGAAAACAGAAGCUGUGGAGGCCGCCAUUGAGAACCUCAACGAAGCCAAGAACUAUUUUGCAAAGGUGGACUGCAAAGAGCGAAUCAGAGACGUCGUUUACUUCCAGGCCAGACUCUACCACACCCUGGGGAGGACCCAGGAGAGGAACCGAUGUGCCAUGCUGUUCCGGCAGCUGCACCAGGAGCUGCCCUCACACGGGGUGCCCUUGAUCAAUCAUCUGUAGUGAGAAUGCCCGUGCUGGCAGAGUGUAAGAUUUCAGACUUGUUUACAGUCCUUCUCUCCACAUAAAUGGUGUAUUUGAUGUCUGCCUUGUCAAUAAACUGCAUUCUGAUUUGUUUGUCUUAUUUUGCUGCUAGAAUAUACAUAAUUGUUUUGUUCUCCAAUUUCCUUUUGAUUGCAAAAGACACCCAACUUUUUGUUAAUACACAGCUAUUAGUAUAAGUGUUAAA